AUGCAAGAUGAUGAUCAUACAUCACCGUCUCAACCAUUGGUGAAUCAUCUUGAAAAUCUACAACAUAUGGUGAAUAACAAGUUGUCUGUGUAUGAUGCGCUCCGGGAAACAAAUGAUGAGGCUGAGAGCGAAGAGGAGGAAGAUGGACUAGAUAACAUGGAUGUUGAUCCUGCAGACAUGGAAGGUAGUCAUACAACAUAUGUGAUCGGGGGAGAGUUUGAGAAGGGUAUGUUCUUUGAAUCUAAGAAACUUCUUCAGGAAAUGGUGAAGAAAUAUUCUAUACAAAGGAACCAAUUGUACACCACAGUGACCUCGAAUGAGAAGGUCCUUCAUCUGCGGUGCAAGAAGAAUUGUGGUUGGUCGCUACGAGGAUCUCAUAUCCAAGCAUUUUCAGUUCGACAUUCUUUAUCAAAGAGCAUGCAAUGGUAUGCUAGGGAGAAAUCCAUAGCUGAAGUAUUUGGAGAUUGGGAGAGUUCUUAUGGAAAACUUUCGCACUUCAUGCAAGCACUCCAACAAUCAAACCCGGGAACCGUUGUUGUAUGGAAACACAAAGCUCUGGUAGACGGUGUUUAUUAUAGCAACAUGGAAGUGUUUGAACGAGUAUUUUGGGCCUUCAGCCCUUGUGUCGAAGGUUUUAAACAUUGUAUGUCUGUCAUCUGUAUCGAUGGGACGCAUUUGUACAGGAAAUAUAAAGAAACACUGUUGGUUGCUACAAGUGUGGAUGCAAACUUCCAAGUAUUUCCGCUUGCAUUUGCGUUAGUCGAAGGGGAAAACACUUCCAGCUGGUCUUGGUUUCUGGGCAACAUUCGGGUUCAUGUCACUCAACGAGAUGCCUCUGUGUUAUAUCUGAUCGACAUGAUGGGAUCAUUGCAGAAAUGA